AUGAAGCCCGUCGUCUCUGCCCUGAACGCCUGGUCCUGUGUCGUUAUCUCCCUCUUCGCAAUCGUCAUAUUAUCAGUUCUCGGCUCCCUAUACAGCGUACAUGAAUCCGACCCUCUCCGACACCAGCCCGCCCAAAGACCCGGCCCUCACAAGGCAUACAGCAACAACCACGCAUACACCGGUUCAGAAGACGAGCCCGAAGAUGGUCCCGCAGUCGCUGCUUCAAUUUACACCGCUGUGAUCGUUUACGCUGGCUUCUUCGUGUUCUGCGGCUUCCAGGCUUUCCUCCACAUGCGAAACAGCAGGGGAGGUGCUAUAUCACUGCAUUGA